AUGUAUUCUGGAAACAAGGAAAUAGGACAAGAUUUGACACCCGAACAACAAAAACUGGUUAUAGAACUUCGCAGAAGAAAACAAGAGUUGCUACUUGAAAUCCAACAAAUCAAAGAUGAGUUAUGUGAAGUCGUUCAGGAAAUGGAAUCUCAUGAUUCUGAAAACAAACAUUCAACUAAAGAGAAACAAAUGUCAAUUGGACGGAAAAAAUUCAAUAUGGAUCCGAAGAAAGGAAUUGAAUAUCUCUAUGAGAACCAUCUUUUGAAAAUUGAUGCUCAAGAUGUUGCCCAGUUUCUUUAUAAAGGUGAAGGUCUUAAUAAAACUGCUAUUGGCGACUAUUUAGGAGAGAAAAAACCUUUCAAUGAACAAGUACUGAAGGCCUUCGUAGAACUUCAUGAUUUCACAAAUCUCAUCCUUGUACAAGCUCUAAGACAGUUUUUGUGGAGUUUUCGACUGCCUGGAGAAGCACAGAAAAUCGAUAGAAUGAUGGAAUGCUUUGCACAACGUUACUAAGGCUGGCUAUGGAAACAAGGAGGGCGUUACAAAAGUUGGAAAAGACGAUGGUUCAUCCUUAAUGAUAAUUGUUUGUAUUAUUUUGAAUAUACAACGGAUAAAGAACCACGGGGAAUUAUACCAUUAGAAAACAUCUUGGUUCGUGAAUGUAAAGUUGCUGACAAAAGCAAACCUCAUUGUUUUGAGUUGUACGCAGGUGGUGGAGCUGAAAUUAUAAAAGCAUGCAAAACUGACUCUGAAGGAAAAGUUGUUGAAGGCAAACAUACUGUUUAUCGAAUGUCAGCAGCUACCGUCGAAGAGAAGAAUGAAUGGAUUAAAUGUCUGACACACUCGAUAGCUCACAAUCCAUUUUAUGAGAUCUUAGUGCAACGUAAGAAGAAAGCUGUCGUCAAAAAUUAA